AUGAUCCUGGGUCGGGCCCUGAUCGGAUACCAGAUUUAUAAGACGGACAAAUGCUUAGAACAGCGUCGUCAAAUGUCAAAGCAGAGGUCGCCCUACGCUCGAAGAUCUGUGCCCGUGAAGAUCAAGGAGCGCAAGGGCUCGUGGACCGAUUUGAAGAGGCCGCCCUUCCUGUUGGUCAAUAGUUUUCUUAACCUGCGCCACAUGGACCUUGAUAACGGACAGGAUAUCGUGCGAGUUACGGAGGAGCUAAGUUUCCAGCCACACAGGACUCUCUUCAUCAACAUCCUUCGAUUGCCGAAUCAUCGCCUUACGGAAACCGACAGUUUUGCGGAGAUGAUGGUAAAAAGUCAAGUAGUAACGGACUCUAUUUAAGAGUCGUGAGUGUGGGUAAACAGUUCAAUGGAAAAGAAUGUAUCUUAUUAAAGAUUUUUUAUAUUAAA